GUGGAGAGUCUUCCCACUUGGAAAGAGGCUCACCGACGCGUCUGGGAACCAAAAACCCGCGGAGCUCUCUGAUUGCAACACCGGACCACCUCACUCUCCCUAUUCUCAGGUUGGGGGUCUACAACUGAGACUUAAACCGAUUUUAUUUUUUAUUUUCUUGAAUCAAACCAAAGCAAUUCGACAGUCUCCUCUAUAGCUUCAUUCAUGUGCUGCUGAGCCAGAAGAGCUGAAGAUGAAGAGCAGCCUGUCUCUGGCGGCGGCUGCCCUCCUGGCACUGCUGCUGUCCUCCUCUCAGGCCCAGGAUCAAGUCGACCCUCCGUCAGAUUUGAGGUUUAAGAUAUUAAAUGAGAACACAGUGCAAAUGAUCUGGAGCAGACCACAGUCGCGGAUACAGGGCUACAGAAUACAAGUGACCUCAGACACAGAAGAACCAAUGAAAGAAUUUACUCUGCCUGCAUCCGCGACCAAGACCUCCAUCUCAGACCUGAGUCCAGAUGUGGAUUAUGUCGUAACGAUAUCCGCGUACGCCGGAUCAGAGGAGAGUCUGCCCAUCUCCGGCCAGAUCACAAUCGAGUCGAGUGGCGGCUCAAGAGGAACUUCCAGGAAACCCGACCCUUCGGAUUCAGUCAAAUGCUCUUUCAGUGCCAUCUCCGACGUGGUGUUCUUGGUGGACGGCUCGUGGAGCGUGGGCAGGCCGAACUUCCGAUACAUCCGCAACUUUAUCUCAGUGACGGCCGGCGCCUUUCAGAUCGGGAAGGACAAAACCCGGGUGGGCGUGGUCCAGUACAGCAACGACGCCCGAACUGAGUUCAACCUGAACAGACACUUCACCCGACCAGCGCUGCUUCGGGCCAUCGGCUCGAUGCCGUACAAAGGAGGAGACACCAGGACAGGCGAUGCCCUUGACUACCUCCUGAAAAACACUUUCACCGAGGCGGCCGGCGCCAGGAAGAGUUUUCCCAAAGUACUGGUGAUCAUCACAGAUGGCAGAUCGGAGGAUCCAGUGGAGAGCUACGCCAAGCAGCUCAGGAGCAGGGGGGUGGAGAUCUUUGUCCUCGGCGUCCAACAGGCCGAUGAACAGGAAAUGAAGCUAAUGGCCUCCACUCCUCACUCAAGUCGCAUCUUUAACGUCGCCAACUUUGACAUGAUCAAGAAUGUGCAAAAAGAGCUCAUCACUCAGGUGUGCGCGAGUGUUGACGAUCAACUCAACUCACUGGUCAGCGGAGAAGAAGUCGUUGAGCCAGCCUCUAACCUCCAAGUCCUGGAAGUGGCCUCGAAGUCCAUACGUGUGACCUGGGACGCCUCUAUCGGAGAGGUUUCAGGAUACAAGGUGCAGAUGAUCCCCAUGAUGACCGGCAGCAAGCGGCAGGAGCUGUACGUGGGCCCGGGCCAGACUUCGGUGGUGGUCAGAGACCUUUCUCCAGACACAGAGUACCAGAUCAAUCUGUUCGCUCUGAGGGGCCUGACGCCAAGCGAGCCUGUCACAGUCAUGCAGAUGACGGCACCGGUUAAAGUAUCACAGGAAUGCUCUCUCAACGUGGAUGUUCAAGCUGAUGUCGUCCUUUUGGUUGACGGUUCCUACAGCAUCGGUCUGGCUAACUUUGCUAAAGUCAGAGCUUUCUUGGAGGUGCUGGUGAACUCCUUUGACAUUGGGCCAGAUAAGGUCCAGAUCAGCUUGGUCCAGUACAGCAGGGACCCCCACACAGAGUUCUACCUGAACACUCACCAUGACCUGAACGCUGUGGUCAAGGCAGUGAGAACAUUCCCGUACCGUGGCGGCUCCACCAACACUGGCAGGGCCAUGACCUAUGUAAGAGAGAAGAUCUUCCAGGCCGCCAGAGGGGCGCGACCCAACGUUCCCCGCAUCAACAUCCUCAUCACAGACGGAAAGUCAUCUGACGCCUUCCAGGAUCCAGCCACCAAGCUGAGGAAUUCUGAUGUGGAGAUCUUUGCAGUGGGGGUUAAGGAUGCUGUACGAUCUGAGCUGGAGGCAAUUGCCAACACGCCGGCCGAGACCCACGUAUAUACCGUGGAGGACUUUGAUGCCUUUGAGAGAAUUUCCAAAGAACUCACACAGUCCAUCUGCCUGAGGAUCGAGCAAGAACUCCGCACCAUCCAGCAGAGACGACUGAUACAGCCUAGGGACCUUUCCUUCUCGGAGGUCGGCCCCAGAAGCUUCAGGGCCUCCUGGGAGAUCGAUGCCACCAACGUCGACUCCUUCUUGGUAAAGUUCAAGCCAGCAGAUGAUGCCAACAGCCAUUAUGUGUCCAUGUCUGUACCCGGGGACACACGUACCACCCUCCUCCCCCACCUCACCCCACUUACCCGCUACGAAGUCAGCAUUCAGGCUCUGUAUGAGAAUGGGGAGAAAGCAAGCUUGCCUGUGACCGGCUACGAGACCACGUUAGAAGAACUCGGCUCCGUGCGAAACCUGAGAGUAUCCGAAGAGACCACAGAUAGCUUCAGAGUGUCGUGGCAGCCAGCUCCAGGAGCCGUCACUCGCUACAGGUUGACGUACGAACCCGUAGGGGACGAGCGAUCGAGGCUAGAGACGUCCACCAUUGGCCCUGACUCAACAAUUGUGCUGCAGGAGCUUCGGCCUGGAACCACCUACCGCGUCACCGUCACCCCUGAAUACCAGUCUGGCCCUGGAGUGCCGCAGCAGACUGAUGGCAACACCAAAGAAGAGGUCGGCCCACCUAAAAACCUGGUCACCAGCGACGUGACUGACACCAGCUUUGCGGUGUCCUGGACGGCAGCACCUGGGAACGUGAACGGAUACCGGGUCCAGUGGAAGUCGAUGUUCGAGGAGGCCAGAGAGAAAACGGUGCCGGGAGACGUGACCGACACGGUGCUGGAAGGUCUGAGCCCAGAGACGCUCUACCAGGUUUCUGUGGUCGCCGUCUACGAUCGUAAAGACAGCGAGCCGCUCACCGGGCAGGAAACCACUGAUGCCUCCGCUGCUGCUAAAAGGUUGACCGUUUCGGACGAGACAGAGCGAACCAUGAAAGUCACAUGGAUGCCGGCCCCUGGCAAGGUGCUCAACUACCGGCUGAAGUAUGUUCCCAGCGGCGGAGGGAAAGAAGUGGUCCUCAAGGUCCCCGGCACGGCCACCUCCACCGUCAUGAAGCGCCUGCAGCCCAUGACCACUUACGACAUCACAGUUCACCCCAUCUACAAGCGCGGGGAAGGAAAAGCAAGGCAAGGAGUAGGAACGACACUGUCGCCCUUCAAGGCCCCGAGGAACCUCCAGACCUCAGAGCCCACCAAGACCAGUUUCAGAGUCACCUGGGAUCCAGCACCCGGCAAAGUUAAGGGGUACAAAGUGACCUUUCACCCCACUGGGGAUGAUAUAGACCUGGGGGAACUCCUGGUCGGGCCCUAUGACAGCACAGUCGUUCUAGAGGAACUCAGGGCGGGAACAAAGUACUCUGUCGCCGUGUUCGGGAUGUUUGACGGUGGGGUGAGCAUGCCCCUGGCAGGAGAGGAGAAGACGACCCUCAGUGACGCUCCUGAGCCGCCUCCUCUCCCCGCUUCUGACACUCAGUGUAAGACCUCAGCGAUGGCCGACAUCGUGCUGCUGGUCGACGGCUCCUGGAGCAUCGGUCGCAUCAACUUCAAAACCAUCCGCAACUUCAUCGGCCGCAUGGUCAGCGUGUUCGACAUCAGCCCUGAGCGAGUCCAGAUCGGUCUGGCUCAGUACAGUGGAGACCCGAAGACCGAGUGGCACCUGAACGCCCACCCGACCAAGGAGUCCCUGAUGGAUGCUGUCGCCAACCUGCCGUACAAAGGAGGCAACACCAUGACGGGAAUGGCUCUGAACUACAUCCUUCAGAACAACUUCAAAACCAACGUGGGGAUGCGCGAAAACUCCCGCAGAAUUGGUGUUCUCAUCACUGACGGAAAAUCCCAGGACGAAAUCGUCUUCAACUCACAGAAACUGAGAGACAGCGGCAUCGAGCUGUACGCCAUCGGUGUGAAGAACGCCGAUGAGAACGAGUUGCGGUCCAUCGCCUCCGACCCCGACGAAAUUCACAUGUACAACGUCAACGACUUCCGCUUCCUGCUGGACAUCGUUGACGAACUCACCAUCAACCUGUGUAACAGCGUCAAGGGUCCAGGAGGCGGGCCAGAGACCCCCACCAAGCUGGAGACCUUGGAGGUGACCCACCGCUCCUUCCGUGCCACCUGGACUGCACCCAGCAGCCCCGUCGACAAGUACCGCGUCACUUACAUGGUUGCGACUGGAGGACCCACGGAGGAGGUGCUGGUCGACGGGUCGGUGACCACCUUAGUGCUGCAGGGUCUGAACCCUCUGACCGAGUACAUUGUCAACGUUUACUCCGUGGUUGGCGAGCAGAGCAGCGAGCCUCUGAAGGGCACAGAGACCACCCUGCCCCUGUCAGCGGUGAAAAACAUGAAUGUUUAUGAUGAGACCUCAACCACGAUGAGGGUGAGAUGGGAGGAGGCGGACGGUGCCACAGGCUACAUGCUUCUAUACAAAUCCAUCAACGCCACCGAGCCCCAGCUGGAGAAUGAGAUGCGUGUUGGAGGAGAUGUGACUACCGUCCAGCUGGUGCAGCUGAUACCAAACACACAGUACUCCAUCAUACUUUACGCCCUAUAUGGAGAAGCUGCCAGCGACCCUCUGGAGGGGAAAGGAGUCACACUGCCUAUGCCUCCUGCUGGAGUCCUGAGAAUCACUGAUGUUACUCACAGCACCAUGAGGCUCAACUGGGACGCCGCUCCCGGAGCCGUCCGCAAGUACAUAAUCACCUACAAACCGGAGGAGGGAGACCUGAAAGAGGUUGAAGUCAAUGGUGACAUCACCACCCUGGACCUGUCCAGCCUCAUCUCACAGACUGAGUAUGAUGUGGCCGUCACUCCGGUCUACGAUGAAGGACCUGGAACCCCAAUGCUAGGAUCCGCAAUCACAGAUGUUGUUCCUGCCCCCAAGAACCUGCAGUUCUCUGAGGUGACCCAGACCUCGUUCAGAGCCACCUGGGAGCACGGAGCCCCGGACGUGGCCCUCUACCGCAUCGGCUGGACCAAGAAGGGAGACACCAACUUCCAGUUUGCCAUCCUGAAUAACGAUGAGACCUCCCACGUUCUGCAGAACUUGGACCCCGACACCGAAUACUCUGUCACCGUCACGGCCAUCUACCCCGACGAGUCAGAGAGCGAGGACCUGCUGGGAGACGAGCGUACAUUGUUAAAGGCUCCGGAGGUGCCUCCCGAGCCUCCUCGAAACCUGAGGGUUUUCAAUGCCACCACCUCCGCUCUGACUGUGAAGUGGGACCCCGCCCCCGGCCCUGUCCAGAACUACAAGAUCAUUUACAAGCCUGUUGCUGGAGGCGAGGCUCUAACAACGCAGGUCGGAGGGAAGAAGACCAGCAUCAUCCUGCAGAAGCUGGAUCCAGACACCCAGUAUUCUGUCACCGUGGCUGCUGUGUAUCCCACCGGCGCCAGCAAAGACAUCUCCGGCGAAGGACAAACCAAGCCUCUGGGCGGCGUGAGGAAUCUCCUGGUGUUGAACCCCACCAUGACCACCCUGAAUGUGCGCUGGGAGCCCGCCGAGGGCCGAGUGAAGGAGUACAAAGUCGUCUACGUUCCCGCCGCCGGGGGAGCUGAGAGCAUGGUAGGACUGGAAACAGUGUCCGCAGGCACAACCAACACCAUACUGCGAGGCCUUCAGCCCGACACCCUCUACUCCGUGUCUCUGGUGCCGGUUUACGCCGGAGGGGACGGGAAGACGAUGUCUGAGAAUGGAAAGACGAGGCCUCUGGGAGGAGUGAAGAACCUGAAGGUGACCGACCCCACCAUGACCUCUCUGACUGUUGACUGGGACCCGGCUGACGGAGCCGUUCGCCUCUACAAGGUCUUCUAUGUGCCCGUUGCCGGCGGCCUGGAGGAGAUGGAGCAAGUUCCUGCAGCCACCACCUCCAUCAUCCUCAGGAACUUGAUGCCCGACACGCCGUACACAGUGUCGGUGGUGCCGGUGUACCCAGCCAGGGAGGGAAAACGCCAGUCAGAGAAUGGAAAGACAUUGCCGUUGAGCGGAGUGGGCAACAUGAGGGUGACCAACCCGACCAUCACCACGCUCACUGUGACCUGGAAUCCUGCUGACGGCAAUGUUCAGGGCUACAAAGUGAUCUACAGUCCUACAGAUGGAGGACUGGAGAUUGUGGAGCAAGUGUCGGAGAGCACCACCACAACCGUCCUGGACAAGCUUCUGCCGGACACCCGCUACACCAUCACCGUGGUCCCGGUCUACGCUGAGGGAGACGGACCCAGCUUGUCCGACUCCGGGAAGACAAAGCCGCUGGGUUUUGUGAGGAACCUGCAGGUUACGGAUCCCACCACCAGCACCCUGAACGUCCGCUGGGAGCCCGCUGAGGGGACUGUACGCGAAUACAUCGUGAUCUGGGUGCCCGUUGCUGGAGGAGACCAGGAUGUGGACCAGGUGUCUGGAACCACCACCACCACCGUGCUGAAGAACCUGGAGCCCAACACCGAGUAUACCGUCACAGUCGUGCCCGUCUACCACGAGAUGGAGGGGAGACCGCAGUCCGAAAACGGGAAAACGAAUCCUUUGGGCGGAGUGAAGAACUUGCAGGUGAUCGACCCGACCAUCAGCACUCUGACGGUCCGCUGGGAUCCAGCAGUGGGCAACGUCCGCAGCUACAAGGUCUUCUACGCAGCUCAGCCAGGAGGAGAAGAACGAAUGGAAGAGGUUUCAGGAGGCACCACCACCACCAUCCUGAGGAACCUGGACGCCAACACCCUCUACAAUGUGGCCGUUGUUCCCAUCUACCCAGACGUGGAGGGCAUACGGCAGGCUGAGAAGGGAAAGACAAAGCCUCUGGGCGGAGUGAAGAACCUCCAGGUGACCGACCCCACAAUCAACUCCCUGAGGGUUCGCUGGGAGCCAGCCGAUGGCGACGUCAGGCAGUACCAGAUCAUCUACGUCCCCGCCACCGGAGGAACAGAGCUCAUGACUCAGGUAUCUGGAAUGUCGACCAACACGGUGCUGAGAGACCUGCGGCCAGACACCGAGUACAAAGUGACGCUGGUGCCCAUUUACUCGGAUGUGGAGGGGAAACGCACGUCAGAGAACGGAAAGACGAAGGCUCUGGGCGGAGUGAAGAAUCUGCAGGUCACCGAUCCCACAACCAGCUCCCUCAAGGUGCGCUGGGAGCCGGCGGAGGGCAACGUCCGCCAGUAUCGCAUCUUCUACGUCCCUGCAGCCGGAGGCGCCGAGGACAUGGAGCAGGUGUCGGGCGGCACCACAAACACCGUACUGAGGAACCUGCUGUCGGACACUCCCUACACUGUGACCGUGGUUCCAGUCUACCCAGAGGGGGAAGGUCUGCGCCAGUCUGACAAUGGAAAGACCCUCCCUCGCACGCCCCCCAGGAACAUCCAGGUGUACAACCCCACCCCCAACAGCCUGAACGUGCGCUGGGAUCCCGCCUCAGGCCAGGUUCAGCAGUACCGGGUGGCUUAUUCCCCCCUGUCCGGAGUCAGACCCACUGAAUCGGUCCUGGUUCCAGGAAAUUCUAACAAUGCCUUCCUGGACAACCUGAUCCCAGAUACUCCCUAUUCAGUCACCGUCUCGGCUCUGUACGCCGACGGUGAGGCAUCGCCGGUCAAGAGCAAUGGCAAAACACUGCCUCGUGCUGGUCCCAGGAACAUGCGUGUGUUUGAUGCCACCACCAGCACCCUCACCAUUGGCUGGGACCACGCAGAGGGUCCAGUGAGGCAGUACAGGAUCGGCUACGCUCCCAUGACCGGAGACCCCAUCACCGAGUUUACUGUGGUUCCAGGGAACAGAAACAACGCCAUGCUGCAGAAUCUGAUCCCUGACACUCCAUACAACAUCACCAUAGAGGCCAUCUACGCUGAGGGCCCCGGAGGGUCCCUCAAUGGAAACGGACGUACAGUCGGCCUGUUGAGUCCCAGGAACCUCCGUGUCUCGGACGAGUGGUACACCAGAUUCAGGGUGGCCUGGGAACCUGUUGCAGCUCCUGUCCAGGGAUACAGACUGAUCUACUCUCCUGCAGGCUCAACCACAGCCCAGCCCAUAGAUUUCUUUGUGGGUGACGUGACCUCUUACACUCUGCACAACCUGCAGCCUGGAACCACCUACGAUCUUGAAGUGGUGGCUCAGUACAGCGGUGGCCAGAGCGACCCGCUCCCCGGACAGGGAACCACACUCUACCUGAACGUGACCAACAUUAAGACCUACAACGUGGACCACGACAAGUUCUGCAUCAAAUGGUCUCCUCACAGGGCGGCCACAUCGUACCGCAUCAAGCUGAACCCAGUGGACCCCUCCAGUAAAGGCCAACAUGAGAUCACCAUCCCCGCUGGUCUGCCGCAGUACUGCUUUGACGGACUUUCUCCCGACGCUCUGUACACCGCCACCGUCUUCGUUCAGACCCCAAAUCUGGAGGGACCGGGAGUCAGCGUCAAUGAGAAAACACUGCUGAAGCCAACUCCAGCUCCAACGCUCCCACCAACGCCGAUCAUUCCAUCCACCAUCCCCCCAGGAUGGGCAGUUUGCAAAGGCGCCAAAGCAGAUGUGGUGUUCCUCAUCGAUGGCUCCUGGAGCAUCGGCGAGGAGAGCUUCACCAAAGUUGUGCAGUUUGUCUCUGGCAUGAUCGGCGCUUUCGACAAAAUCGGACCCUCGGGAAUGCAGGUGUCUUUUGUGCAGUACAGUGACGAAGCAAAGACAGAGUUCAGGCUGAACGCCUAUCACAACAAAUCCUCUGCCAUGGGUUCACUUCCUCAAAUCCGCUACAGAGGAGGAAAUACCAAGACAGGUGUGGCGCUCAAACACACCUAUGAGAAGGCCUUUUCUCUCGAAAAUGGAAUGAGGAGAAAUGUCCCCAGGGUGAUCGUAGCAAUCACUGACGGACGCUCGCAGGACGAAGUGAAGAAGAACGCUGCCAAGCUGCAGAACGCAGGUUACAGUGUUUUUGCCAUCGGUGUUGCCGACGUGGAUUUCGUUGAGUUGCAGCAGAUCGGCAGCAAACCCAGCGAGAGGCACGUCUUCGUUGUGGACGACUUUGACGCUUUUGACACCAUCAAAGAAAACCUGAUUACCUUCAUUUGUGAAACCGCAACAUCAUCGUGUCCCUUGAUUUUCCUGAAUGGAUUCACUUCACCUGGCUUCAGGAUGCUGGAGGGAUUCAACCUGACAGAAAAAACCUACGGUUACGUUAAAGGCGUCUCAAUGGAGCCGGGCUCCUUCAACAGCUACACAGCAUACAGACUGCACAAAAACGCCUUCCUGACUCAGCCCUCAACAGAUAUCCACCCUGACGGUCUUCCCCACGCCUACACCAUCAUCCUGAUGUUCCGCCUCCUGCCUGACUCGCCCACAGAGGCCUUCGACAUCUGGCAGGUGUCCACCAAUGAUCACAAGCCAGAGACCGGAGUCACUAUCGACCCCUCCAGCAAGACUGUGUCCUUCUACAACAAAGACGAGCGUGGCGAGAUCCAGAGGGUCACGUUCGACACCGAUCAAGUGAAGAGGAUCUUCCACGGAAGCUUCCACAAGCUCCAUAUCCUGGUUUCAUCCACCGGCGUCAAACUCAACAUCGACUGCCAAGAAGUGGCUGAGAAGGAGAUCAAGGCUGCUGGAAACACGUCCAGCGAUGGCUACCAGGUUCUGGGCAAGAUGUCCAAGUCCAUCGGCUCCAAAGGAGAAUCAGCAACUUUCCAGCUCCAGAUGUUCGAUAUUGUCUGCAGCUUGGGCUGGACCAGCAGGGACAGAUGUUGUGACCUCCCGUCUAUGAGAGAUGAGCUGAAGUGUCCGUCUCUUCCCAAUGCCUGCACCUGUACCUCAGAGCCCAAUGGGCUGCCAGGGCCUCAGGGACCAGUGGGUGCCCCCGGCAGCAAAGGUCCCCGUGGUGAGAGAGGAGAGGCCGGUCCUUCUGGACCAGUCGGCCCGCGUGGAGACAACGGACCACCUGGGCCCAUGGGUCUGCCCGGCCCUCAAGGACCCAGCGGGCUGUCGAUUCCAGGAGAGGCUGGCCGCCCUGGACCGAAGGGAGACCCCGGCGACUCUGGCUUACCUGGACAGAAAGGUUCACCUGGUCCUCCCGGUCCCGUCGGCCCAAUUGGAGCAGCUGGAGUGAGGGGCCCUCCAGGCAAGGAAGGAUCGACCGGACCCAGAGGCCCCGCGGGACCCAUGGGACCUCCAGGAUCUCCUGGAAUACCAGGUGCUGCAGGAAAACCAGGAAACCCCGGAGACUCUGGAACUCCUGGUGCUGUCGGUCCAAAGGGAGACAAGGGAGAGAGAGGCGACUUUGCUCCUCAGAACAUGAUGCGAUCUAUUGCCAGACAAGUUUGUGAGUCUCUAGUAAACGCACAAAUGACUCGCGUCAACACGCUACUGAACCAGAUCCCCAACGGCAUGUACCGCAGCAACAGCCCAGGACCUCCGGGGCCUCCUGGAUCUACCGGCAGGCAGGGACCCCGCGGAGAGCCAGGUCCCGCAGGAAGGAACGGAUUCCCCGGAAGUCAAGGUUCACCCGGCCAGCAGGGAGAGAGAGGUCCUCCGGGAGAGAAAGGAGAAAGAGGAGUGCCAGGAAUCGGACAGAAAGGACCGAGAGGCCCCGCAGGUCCACAAGGAGAAAGCAGGACAGGAUCUACAGGCCCUCCAGGCUCAGCCGGACCUCGUGGCCCCCCCGGACGUCCAGGAUACGCCGGAGUCCGCGGGCCCCCCGGACCUCCUGGAUACUGUGACUCUUCUCAGUGUGUCGGUAUUCCUUACAACGGGCAAGGAUACGGAGGUUCACCAUAGUAGACUUUCUAUGCCGCCUGUGCUGCUUUCACUGACUUCCUGAAAAAAAAAAAAACAACCCAAAAGUCCUGUAACUGAAACACUUGCUCACACGCUCUAGAGCUGUUUAAAGGAUAACCGCCAAAGGAAACCAUUAACAAACUUUGCUGAAAAACAACACAACAACAAAGAGGGAAACCAGUACUAACAACGACUCACAGCCAGUAGAACAAACCCACCAGCAGCAGCGGUGAUGGCACCCACCUGUUUAGUGGCCUGUUUUGCAUCUUGAAGCCAAAGACCAAACCAAAUGUUCAGUGGAGGAGCAUGCACCAAACAACAACAACAACAACAACAAACAAAUACUAACAAAGGUGGAUUUUGUAACAGAGAAACGAGCAUCGCCAGCACCUACAGCAGCAACAACUCUGUUAGCAGCGUUUCUCUCGAGGUGACAUGUGUAAAUAAACUAAUUUGUGCCUGUAAAUGAUGUCUGAAUCCAGUCCACUAAAUUUAGUCUUUAACAUCUGUAGUUUUAAAGCUUGUGCCUUGCAAACAACAACCUGCUGCUUGCUGAAUGCCAACAAAAACGCCUUUUUUUUUUUUUUUUUUUUUUAUUAAAUGAUUUUUAUUUUCCUGCCCAUGUGUUUGUAGCUGUUUUAAACCGCUCAGGGCCAAACUGAAUCCCUCCUGCACAUGUGACCCCGGAGGUUCAGAUCUGCCACUUCAUGUACAAACACAGAAUCAGUUUCUUCCUGUUUUAGUUUUGUCCCCCAGAACCGGCUGUACUGUAUCUGUAUGUGAUCAAAUACUAACAAUGCAAUCCCUCCCUCUCUGGGCCGGUGGUAGAUGAACCCUUAUGUAGAAAUGUUUUAUUCUGUGGCAGCGUUGAUAACUGUUGAGUGACUGUAACUGGACUAACACCUCGACUUCUAACAUCAACCAAAGGGAAACGCACUGAGAUGGUCACCAGGGGCGUGUCCACCCACUGCACCUGACAGUUGAUUGGCUGAUUGGAUGGCCAAUCAUCAAGUGCAAGUUAAGAGAUAGUUCAUCAAUAAUGAUAAAAACAACAGUAUUCUGAUAGAAUCUUAUGCUGAUUUGUACUGUAAAACUAUAAUAACUGCUCCAUUAUAUCUCAGAGAGAGAGAGGUUUCAUUGUGAGGAAGACGACAGGAAGGAAGAGACGUACAAUAUUUUUAUUUUAUAACUCAAAGAUCAUUUAUACGAAGGUGAGCAUUCACUCCUUUCCAUUAAUCUCUAAUUAAAUCUUAUUAGCUUCCAAUAUUUGACAGUAACUAAAGUCAUGAAUAACUGUGUCAUUGUGUCAGCCGUAUUUUCUCAACCUGACAAUGAGGUAAAAUCUGUUACAUCAUAUAUGGAAUAUUAAUUAUCUCACGGAUCAUUCACACUUUAUUUUACAGUCUAAUAUUGGAGGUCCAGACCUGUUAUGUUGGUUAAUUUAAAGACAAAUCACAUCAUUGAUUUAAGCGAUAUCAUCUAAGAAGCUCAGACAGCAGAUUAUUGUGAUAUAUCUGAUUCAUUUUACAAUUUAUUGAUUGAUCGUUUGGGUCAGAUCCUUUCAGAUUGCCGCCUCUUAAUUCUGUCAAUAAACUCAUUGUCUCGGUUUGCUAGCUGGUACAACAGCAUGCUGGUUAAAUAUAAAAAUGCUUUACGAUAAAUUAACAAACAUCUGUUAAUUGACUCUGCCUAAGUCCCGCCCCUUUUUGCUCUUUGCUCCAAUAACAGUUGAGAAACGACUUAGAUAUGCUUUGUGAUGGACAAGCACAUUGUGAAGACGGUUAAAAGAUAAACGCGGCAUAUACAGUAUAUAGUUACAUCUGAAGUUAGCUAAUGUUAGUUAACCAGCUAAUCUAUAUUAAUCGUUAGCUUCUGUAUAGUUUUAGUAAUUAGUUAGAUAAGGGUUGAUGUUGAUUAGUUAACUAGAGUUUUGCUCUGUAGCAAAAUGCUAGCUAACUAGCCAGCAAACCAUUGAUGUAGAUCAGUCAACUACGUUAGGUUAGCUUAUGUCCGCAAAAUGCUAACUAAGAUGUAACUAUAUAUACCAUAUGUCACGUUUAUCGUUUAACCAUCUUCAUAAUGUGCUUGUCUUUUCAACAUUGAUUGAGCUAGCAUAGCAUAAGCUAUCUAAGCACAGGAAAAGAGAAAGCUGACUUCCAAAAGGUCCAUGAGCCAAUGAUUUUGAAACAGGCUAACUUAGCCAAGCUAAAGUUGUUAGCUUGUCUUGGGCCGUCGGUAGCUCCAACAGGGAGGGGGAUAACACCUGCUGUAUCAAACAUCCCCGGGGACGCUGUGGACACGCCCCUGCUGUUAACUAACCGUCAGUGCUUUAGCCAGCGGUCAGACAGAAAAACAUUUUAACUCGUUCUUUUUGUGCAUGCUGACACAAACUGAGACCAUUUGUCAAAUUGUGCUCAACUGGCCCAAACGCUAUCUCCGAGCAGGCCAAUACCCACCUGAACCCGACACCCGAGUAGUCCCAGUCCCCGAGGAGGAGGAUGUGUUGCAAAACCAGCGUCGAAAGAGAUCACUAUCAAGAAAGGCGUCCGAUAGGCCAACAUCAUAAGACCAGCCAUGUUCUUUUUCUUUUUUUAUUUCCUUGUUCAACCUGUGUUUGUUGUUGAAUUUAUGCACAUUAUACACAAACAAAACGGGGUUUGACACCUCGAAUUUAUUGGAAAAUACCUUUAAAUGCCUUAAAACGUAUGUGAAUAUUCAUUUUUGUGGCAGGUGAAGGGUGAGGAUGGAGGGAGGGAGGGAGGUUGUGGGCGAAUGAUUAAAAAAAUGGAAGAAGAAAAGUGUUAAGAAUCCAUGAAAAAAAAAAAACCUGUGAGCUUUCUUUUUCCACUUGUGUCUUUUGCUUGUAACAUAUUUGCAUCAAGUUUGUAUUAACUAGCAGUGUUGAACAGUGCACUCAUUAUAACAAAGCUAAAGAAAAAGAAAGAAAAUGUUUGUUCACAAUGUCGGGACAUCAGAUCUGUCACAGUUCAUCCAGUAUGUUCAAUAUAAUCCUUCAUUCAGUGUUGUCUUCUAAGGAGGUUCAGUUUCAUUAUGGCAGUUAAACACAGCUUUCAUUUUGUAUCUCUAGACUUAAUAUUUAUCAGUUUUCCUUUAUUCCGUCACAGCUAAUUUUAACAAAAACGUGGAAUUGCAUGUCUGUGGUGUAUAUUUAGUAAUGUUUUUUUGUUACAUUUCAAUUUUGUUUUAACCAGAAUAUAGUUGUUGUCAUUCCUGUCAUUUUUCUCAGUAUCGAAUGCAGUCGAAAUCUGCGUGCAAGACUAUGGAAAUGGUAUUGCUGCUUCAUGUUUGAACUGCAGAUUGUGAAUUCCACAGCCUUAUUUUCUUAUUUAUUUCUGAAAACAGAAGAGGCAUUUUUCAAUAAAACUACUGAAAAUUUA